AUGACCGACAACGAUCCUCUUCUUUCUCCGACGGCUGCCAUCGCCCAGCCCCUUCUUCUUCAGGGUCUCCUAGGGCCCCGGCUUGUCCAUACUCAAGAUCUUCCCACUUCCAUCCUUCCCCGAUCCAACUCCUGGAAUGAUCCUGCUAUCAUGCAAUCCGACUCCACUUCGGCUAUCGCCGCUUCCCGCUUCCGCUCCACCCUCCAGGAUUCCCAACUUCAUGGCCUCUCUGCCAAAUACACUGCUCCUUCCAACCUCUCGGACUCCUUCUCCGACCUUCUCGCGAAAUCCAUUCACAGCGGACCCCACACUCAUGCCUGGUCUCGCACUGAAGCCUACAAUCUCAUGCCCCACCGUGACAUUGGAGGCUUCCUCAUCAUCGCCAAGUUCCGCCUUGCCGACGGCUCUCUUUCAGCCCCCCUCUUCUGCAUCACGGGACCCCCCGUUGUGGCUCCGCCCACUUCCAUUGGCUCUUCCAACAGCCUCUUCCCGUCGGCUUCCAUGCCGCCUGAUACUCAACUGGCCACUCAAGUGCCCUUUCCACCCCACGUUCAGCCCAUGGCCCUCCCGUUCGCCACUCAAUCUCGCUCCACCAUCGCUUCCUUAGCCACCUCCUCGUCUCCUGACUCCAUCAUCGACGACCUACCCAUUGGGGUCAUCCCAGACGCCUGCAACAUCUUCGAAUUAGUCCCAAUCCACAACUCCGUCAUGAACGUCAUGCAAGACCUCCCCGAGACGCAUCCGUUCAUUGCCAACAACAUCUGGAUUCCCGACAUCAUCCCCGAUGAUUCUUCUCAGGCAUCCACGCCCAACUUAGAACUCAUCACCACUCUCCGCGAAGGAGCUGUACCACCAUGUCCUCUCGUAGCACCCUUGCCUUGGCCCAAACCAGCUCCACCUGGCUCAACCACCACUAUUCCUCUAGCGAACGCCAACUCCCAGCCAUCAUUCGCGACCCAAAUCUACCUCAAACCCAUGGAGUCCAACAGCUCCCCUGACAUCUCCCAUGGAAUCAUCUUUGCCCCCAAUAGUUGA